ACUCGGACUACUCAAACUGCUCAGAGCGCAUCUCCAACACCUCAGCGACAGAUGUCACGAGUCUCAUCUACCUCGCCGGUUACUCGCUCAGCCUCGCUGUGCUGUCGCUGGCCGUCUUCGUCUUCCUAUACUUCAAAGAUCUAAGAUGUCUACGAAAUACAAUACACACAAAUCUCAUGUCGACGUACAUUCUGUCAGCAUGCAGUUGGAUACUAAAUUUAUCUUUACAGAAUUGGUCAGACGAGGCGUCGCAACAUCAAACGUCGUGUAUGAUCCUAGUGAUUUGUAUGCACUACUUUUAUCUGACCAACUUCUUUUGGAUGCUUGUUGAAGGUCUAUAUCUGUAUAUGCUAGUCGUGGAAACGUUUACUGCAGAAAAUAUAAAGUUAAAAGUCUACACCACUAUUGGAUGGGGCGCGCCGGCGGUGUUCCUAACGAUAUGGGUGAUAUCGCGGUGUCUCGUCACCGUGGUGCCUUCCACCGGCUCCGAUGGGCUGGCGCUGGCGGGCGAGGCGAAGGUCUGCCUCUGGAUGCACGAGCACCAGGUGGACUGGAUCCACAAGGCGCCCUCGCUCAUAGGGCUCGCUCUCAACCUCUUCUUUCUAGUCAGGAUCAUGUGGGUUCUCAUAACAAAACUGCGGUCAGCCAACACUCUAGAAACGGAGCAGUACAGGAAAGCAACCAAGGCUUUGCUGGUGCUGAUACCCCUGCUGGGCAUCACCAACUUGCUGGUGCUGUGCGGCCCCAGCGACGACUCGUGGUUCGCGUCCGCCUUCGAGUACACGAGGGCACUAAUGCUUUCCACACAGGGUUUUACCGUAGCAUUGUUUUACUGCUUCAUGAACACAGAAGUACGGCACGCUAUUAGGUAUCGCGUAGAACGGUGGAAGACCGGACGGGCGAUAGGUGGAGGCCGGCGGAGAGGCGCCUCGUACUCCAAGGACUGGUCUCCGAGAUCCAGGACCGAGAGCAUACGCAUUGAGCUGCAAACCAUCGACUUAAAAGAGAAUAAACCAAUUAAAGGGUUGUACAGCCAUCCGUCGAAGCGAGAGUCGGCCGCGUCCGAAACCACCACCACCACACUACUGGUACCACGGCACUCGCUGGCUCCCCACCAUUUACAUGUCGAGUACACGGGCAGCGGCAGCGCCAGCGGCGACCAGUCCCCAGUGUGAGGAGAGAAGCGAGGGGGGCCCCCGCGACUACGCACUUUGCCCGAGGAAGACGCACCUGCCUCGCCCGCCUCUCUCGCUCUCUUCAGCUGUCCUUUCGACGUGCCUACUAUCUCUGUUCAGUGAUUAUUCGCUCCGUGCAUGACUGUGGCGCCACCCUAGUGUGGAACAUAUUUUUUAUAUGACAGUUGACAG